GUUCCCUGUAUUCUCGAUAAUCCCUGUAGUAUUCCCGGUGAUCCCUCUAUUCCCUGUAUUCCCGGUGUUCCCGGUGAUCCUUGUAUUCCCUGCAUUCCCGAUGAUCCCUAUAUUCCCUGUAUCCCCCGUAUUCCCAGUGCUCCUCGUGAUCCCUAUAUCCCCUGUAUUCCCAGUAUUCCCGGUGACCCCUGUAUUCCCCGUAUCCCCUGUACCCUGUAUUCCCAGUGAUCCCUGUAUUCCCGGUGAUCCCUGUCUCCCCGGUGUUCCCGGUGUUCCCAGUGAUCCCUGUAUUCCCGGUGAUCCCUGUCUCCCCCGUGUUCCCAGUGAUCCCUGUAUUCCCGGUGAUCCCUGUCUCCCCGGUGUUCCCGGUGUUCCCGGCUCUCUCCCCCCGCAGGACCGUGUCCUGCGUGGGCUGCGCUGGGGCCGCCUGCAGGAGCCGCUGGGCUUCAUCAAGGUGCUCGAGUGGCUCUUUGCCAUCUUCGCCUUCGGCUCCUGCGGCUCCUUCAGCGGCGAGACCGGGGCCACGGUGCGCUGUGAGAGCGGGGCCAUGACGGCCAUCUCCGUCCAGUUCGGCUACCCCUUCAGGUUGUACCAGAUUCCCUUUGGGAUGCCGGACUGCCAGGAGGAGUCCGAGGCCCGCACCCUGUACCUGGUGGGCGACUUCUCGGCCCCCGCCGAGUUCUUCGUGACCCUGGGGGUCUUCUGCUUCCUGUACUCCAUGGCAGCCCUGGGGAUCUACCUCCGCUUCCAUUCCCUCUACUCCCAGAACACCAAGCUCCCCUUCGGGGAUUUCUGUGUCACCGUGUGCUUCGCCUUCUUCUGGCUGGUGGCGGCGGCGGCCUGGGGGAAGGGGCUGAGCGACGUGAAGGCGGCCACGCGCCCCGGGGCCCUGCUGGGCGCCAUGGCCGUGUGCCAGGACGAGGGCGUGCGCUGCAGCCCCGGCACCACGCCCGCCAUGGGGCUGGCCAACAUCUCCGUGCUUUUCGGGUUCCUGAAUUUCCUGCUCUGGGCCGGGAAUUGCUGGUUCGUGCUGCGGGAGACGCCGUGGCUGCGGCCCCCCCCGGCGCGGGACAGCGAUGCCGAGCAGGGCGCCAUCGACAAGCAGUGA